AUUAUACAGUGACAUGCCGAGCAACAAACCGGCCUACUAUUUUUCUUCUUUCCGGAUGGAGUCACGAUCGCUGUUGCACGGACAUUUUGUCUAUGACGCGGUAAGAGGGAGGGAAAAAAAACAGUACAUAUUAUGGACGUUUGCGUUGCAGCCUUGCAGUUGCGGGUUAGCCCGUUCCUUCUGCACAGAGACAAAAACAUCACUGGAGCCACACCAGCACAUGUUCUAACCUUCAGGAUUCCAAUUUUUUAAUGUGGAGGUAAUAGCCAUUCGCCUGCAGAUUAUACAGUGACAUGCCGAGCAACAAACCGGCCUACUAUUUUUCUUCUUUCCGGAUGGAGUCACGAUCGCUGUUGCACGGACAUUUUGUCUAUGACGCGGUAAGAGGGAGGGAAAAAAAACAGUACAUAUUAUGGACGUUUGCGUUGCAGCCUUGCAGUUGCGGGUUAGUUGGAUCAGUAGGAAGGUCAGAGAGUUUCUGCAAGCAGAGAAUCAGAUCUGGGGAAUGGAAUGGCGCGAGCAAGGAAGCAACCAACCGUCCACUUCCAUUUAUAAGUCGCGGCUCGCGAGCUAGCAAACCCCCCUUGCUACAUCACCAACCCCCACCCUUUUCUCCAUUUCGUGGCCAACUCCUCCGCAGACCUGCCCUUCCGUAUGGGCCUUCCCGGCCGUCGCCACCGCGGCGCCAUGGCCGGCCGCGCCCUCGUCGUGCUGCUGUGGUGCGUGUCCGCCUCCGUGUUCCUCCCCUCCGCCCGCGCGCAGACCACCACCUUCACCAGCGCCAUCGACGGCAAGAAGGCGACCACCUUCUCCUUCCCCACGUUCGACAAGUCCCUGAUGCAGCUCGGCGCCAACCUGACCUUCUCCAGCAACGCCACCGUCAGCCAGAGCGCGCUGCAAGUCACCCCGGACAGCAGCAACAAUCCUCUGGACUACCUCGUCAACCAGGCCGGCCGCGUCUUCUUCCCCACCCCGUUCGUCCUGUGGUCCUCCAACUCGUCCAACUCCACCGCCGAUGGCAAGUACGUCGCCUCCUUCUCCACGGUGUUCAGGGCCAACCUCUACCGAUCAAACACGACCAUGAAAGGAGAGGGGCUGGCGUUUGUCAUCGCGUCCACCAACGCCAUCAACCCGCCGCCGGGCAGCUACGGCGAGUAUCUUGGUCUCACCAACGCCUCCACCGACGGCAACGCCACCAACGGGUUCGCGGCCGUGGAGCUGGACAGCGUGAAGCAGCCCUACGACAUCGACGACAACCACGUCGGCCUCGACAUCAACGGCGUCCGCUCCAACGCCUCCGCCUCCCUCACCCCCUUCGGCAUCCAGCUCGCGCCCAGCAACACCACCACUGACGACGGCAACUACUUCGUCUGGGUCGACUACAAUGGCACGUCGCGGCACGUGUGGGUGUACAUGGCCAAGAACGACACCAGAAAGCCCUCGACCCCGGUGCUCGACGCGCCGCUGGACCUCUCCACCGUCCUCCGCGGCAACAAGGGCUACUUCGGCUUCUCGGCGUCCACCGGCGAGACGUACGAGCUCAACUGCGUGCUCAUGUGGAACAUGACCGUCGAGAUGCUCCCCGACGAGGGCGCCACCAAGAAGAAGGCGGCCCUGCCCGGAUGGAAGCUCGGGGUGGUCGUCGGCGUGUCAUCCUGCGCCGUCGCCGUGGUGCUCGGGCUGUUCGCCGCGCUGUACAUCCGGAAGAGGAGGAAGAGGAUCGGGGACGACCCGAGCUCCGUGUUCAACACCACCAUUGAUUUCAGGAGCAUCCCGGGUGUGCCAAGGGAGUUCGAUUACAGGGAGCUAAGGAGAGGGACCAACAACUUCGACGAGAAGAUGAAGCUCGGGCAGGGCGGCUACGGCGUGGUCUACCGCGCCACCGUCGUUGGGGAGAACGGCCAGAACAUGGAGGUCGCCGUGAAGCAGUUCUCCGGUGCCAACACCAAGGGGCAGGAGGAUUUCCUCGCCGAGCUCAGCAUCAUCAACCGCCUCCGGCACCGUAAUCUCGUCAAGCUCGUCGGUUGGUGCCACCAAAAUGGCGUCUUGUUGCUGGUGUACGACUACAUGCCGAACGGUAGCCUGGACACGCACCUCUUCGGCGGGCCGGAGUCGGAGGUGCUGAACUGGCAGCAGCGCUACAACGUCGUCACCGGCGUCGCGUCGGCGCUGAACUACCUCCACCACGAGUACGACCAGAUGGUGAUCCACCGCGACAUCAAGCCGUCCAACGUCAUGCUCGACUCCGCCUUCAACGCGCGGCUCGGCGACUUCGGCCUCGCCCGCGCGCUCGAGUCCGACAAGACGUCGUACACCGACAUCAUCGGCGUCCCGGGGACGCUGGGGUACAUCGCGCCGGAGUGCUUCCACACCGGCCGCGCGACGCGGGAGUCGGACGUGUUCGGCUUCGGCGCCGUCAUCCUGGAGAUCGUCUGCGGCCGCCGCAUCUCCUGCAGCAACCCCGCCGGGUGCAGCCAGCUGCUGGAGGCCGUGUGGAAGCUCCACGGCGCGGCGGGCGGCGGCGGCGGCGGCGGCCGCAUCCUCGAGGCCGUCGACCAGAGGCUCGCCGGCGAGUUCGACGAGGCCGAGGCCGAGCGGCUCCUGCUGCUGGGCCUCGCGUGCAGCCACCCGAACCCCGGGGAGCGGCCGAGGACGCAGACCAUCCUGCAGAUCCUGACGGGCGCCGCCCCGCCGCCGCACGUUCCGCCGUCGAAGCCGGCGUUCAUGUGGCCCGCGAUGCCCGUCGCGCUCGAUGGCGACGACGACGACGAGACGUCGCGCAGCAGCACGGUGAUGAACUCGUCGUCGUCGUACUACGUGUCCUCGUCGGGUUGGACCCAGAACUACCAGGUCAGCAAGGAGCACGAGGUGGCGGACAGGGACGUGGCGACGGUGUGACCGUAGACGAGUCCACGGCCCACACGUGCGGCCGGGACCCGACCCAUCGCAUCGGAUUUGGCACGUUACCGUGGAGUUGGUGACAACGUUGAGAACAAAGAUGGGACGGAUGAAAGGUGUAAAUAAUGUCCAUGAAUAUGCUAUCGAGCUUUCCAUUUGUUUUUUUUGCUCUGGGAGCUUCUUUAGUACAGUGGAGUACAAGACUACUGGUGUUUAGAUUUGUUUCAUUUUCUUCAUACUUUGAUGUCAAGCUGUAAUGUUCUCAAUUGGUGUAACAAUGGUGGCUUGAUCACUUCCAAAUAGCGGAAUGUGUAAGCAUUAGUCAUGAUAGGCGAUUGCUCCUUA